AGUAGGAUUGGAGACGACUUUGUUAAGACAAACCAGUACAAAGAGAACAAGUUUUAGCCUGUCUUCAUUAAGAGAAAUCCCCGAUCACAUUUGUAGGCGACGAAGGCUAGCUAAGGUCAUGCGUAGAAUUGCGUCAUCGGGUCGUCUCGUGUCGAACUGCGCAUGCGCCAGCUGUUAAAUCAAAGGCACUCCUUCGACAUUAAGUUGUUUUUGACCUAAAUGAAAACGUGUGACUUUCACGAGGUUGAAGUAAUUACAUGUUCAACUGCUUAAAACAUUGAUUCGAAUCUAGUUUGUACCUCUAGAUUUCGUGAAUUUUAUUCAACCAAGGAAUCAUUUUUACCCUUCUGUCAUUGACUUGUCAAACCACGGCCUGGUCCGUUUCGCAAGUCUCGCGACCUUUGGGUGGAGUAAACAAAGACACACUACUGACUGAACUGAACAGGCUACCGAACCCUCAAUCGACCGAAAUGUCUCAACUACAGUUGUUGCGUGUAUUUUUAAAUGAGCGUUUAAUGGCGGCUGCUGUGGAGAUUUUCGGGGCAGUUGAGAAAACGGUAGUGGAGUACGAGGAGGAGAAUGAUCGGCUACGGAGACUUCUGCGGGUGACACCGCAGAUAACACUAUGCAGAAAAGACUCCCUGCAGCUCUCUCUCGCUGUCUCUGAAGAGGAGGUUCCCUCUGAGCAGCAGCACUGUGAGAAGGAGUGGAGCCACAGUCUGGGGCUGGAGGAUCUAGAGCCCACGCAGAUUAAAGAGAAACAUGAGGAACUCAGGACCAGUCAGGAGGAAGAGCAGCUUCAAGGGCUGGAGCCUGAUAUCAUAGAGUUCAAAUUCACUCCUUCCUGUGUAAAAAGUGAACGUGAUCAGGAAGAUCCACUUUGGUCCUUGACUCUGUCCCAAACAGUGGAGAACAGAGAGUGUGACUCUAAACUAGUGGAUCCUAAACCUUUUGGCACUGUGACCCACCUAAAGGGUUAUGAAAUGCUCUGUGACCCUCCAGAUAAUCAAAACAUUGUCCACAGCCACAGCUCAGCCUUAAGCAGCAACCCAGUAGGACUUGACAGAAGCCAACCAUUGGAUCCAAACCCACCAAUGGAGGAACACUGUUCCAAACCCAGCACCACAUCUAUAAAAUCUCAUCGCUGCUGUGACUGUGGCAAAAUGUUUCCUCUCACAGCUGACCUGCAGAGGCAUGUGACUCUCGCCAAGAAGAGACUCAGCGAAUGUCACUUCUGCAAAAAACAGUACAUUUCCACCUGUAAACUGAAGGCCCAUGUCCGACUCUGUCACAGUGGGAAACCCUGCACCUGCCCCUUUUGUGGCAAGACCUUCAAACAAAAAGGAAAUCUGUCCAUGCACAUGAGGAUUCACACAGGAGAGAAACCAUUUAGCUGUGGUUACUGCGGGAAAAGCUUCAAUCACAAGGGAGACCUAAGAAGACAUAUACUGACUCACACAGGAGAGAAACCAUUUAGCUGUAAUUUUUGCUGUAAGUGCUUCAAUCAGAAGGGGGACCUAAGGAGGCAUACACUGACUCACACAGGAGAGAAACCAUUUAGCUGUGGUGAAUGCGGUAAAGGCUUCAUACGCAAGGAGCACUUAACUGCACAUAUACGGAUUCACACAGUAGAGUAAUCAUCACACAGCAAAGUAAUAAUUUAUCUGCGGUGACUGAAAAGCGUAAAUCAUAAGGGGAAGCUGAAUAUGUAUAUACAGACUCACACAGGGGAGAUAUAAUUUAGCUGUGAUGACUGUGAAAAGCGUAAAUCAUAAGGGGAAGCUGAAUAUGUAUAUACAGACUCACACAUGGGAGAUAUAAUUUAGCUGUGAUGACUGUGAAAAGCGUAAAUCAUAAGGGGAAGCUGAAUAUGUAUAUACAGACUCACACAGGGGAGAUAUAAUUUAGCUGUGAUGACUGUGAAAAGCGUAAAUCAUAAGGGGAAGCUGAAUAUGUAUAUACAGACUCACACAGGGGAGAUAUAAUUUAGCUGUGAUGACUUCGGGGAAAGAUUCACUCAGAAGACUAAUCUAACUGACCAUAUAUGGACUCAGACAGGAGAGAAACUGUUUCUCUGUGGGAAAAGCUUCAAUAAGAAGGGGGACCUAAUUGAGAAUAAACUAAUUCACACAGGAGAGAAAUCACAUGGAUUCUCAGUCUGUGGUAAAAGAUUCAAGACUAAUCUUCCGACACAUGAAACAACAUCUACAAAGAAAGAAAACAGGAUGAAAACACAAAGAAUAAAGAAAAUCAGGACAAAUAUAUAUUCUGUCAGCAGAUGGGUAUAAAAAGGCAGGUUGUGGAUAACUCUUAGAAAAGAAACAUUCAUUCAUGCAUUGGGUUUCAGAGAAAUAGAUACAUGAUGAAUUUACUUUGAAAAAUGCUCUUUGUAAAUAAAGUUUGAUUUAAAUAAUGAGGAUAUUAACAAACAGUAGUGCAUGUAUCAUGGUAAUCUCGCAGAUCUGCUGUUCAAAGUCGGUUGAUGUUUUCACGUCAUUAGAAAUAAGAAUAUCUGGUUUGUUUUGGAAUGUCUCUCAGGGUGAUGAGAAAAUGGUCUGACCAAUGUUAUUGAUUUAUAAAAAUGUAUACUUUUCUGAAAAUAUCUCCUUCAAUCCAAGAGAGUUUCUCAUGCAGUUUUGACAUAAUACAGCUCAAUCAUGAUAUUGUUUGAAAUGUAAUGAUACACAGUCGACUCCUCACGAGUGCAGUUUGUAUAAGUGCAAACUCUGUUUUAAGUGUACUACAGUGUUUUUCCUGUCCCAAUUCAACAACAUCGACAACUCACCAGCUGGUUUAUUAGGUACGCCCAUCUAGUACCGGUUCGGACCCCCCUUUGCCUCCAGAACAGCCUGAGCUCUUUAGGGCAUCAUUCUACAAGGUGUCUGAAACAUUCCACAGGGAUGUUGGUCUGUGCUGAUGCGAUGGCAUCACCCAGUUGCUGCAGAUUGAACAGCAGUACAUUCAUGCUGCGAACAGCCCGUUCCAUCUCAUCCCAAAGAUGCUCUAUUGUGUUGAGGUCUGGGGACUGAGUAGGCCACUGAAGUAAACUGAACUUGCUGUCAUGUUCCAGGCAAUGUUGUUCCACUCAAUUGUCUAGUGUUGGUGAUCGUGUGCCCACUGGAGCCGCUUCUUGUUUUUAUCUGAUAGGAGUGGAACUCGAUGUGGUCGUCUGCUGCAAUAGCCCAUCCGUGACAAGGAUCGACGAGCUGUGUAUUCCGAGAUGCUGUUCUGCACACCAUUGUUGUACUGCGCCAUUACUUGUCUGUUUACGGCUCACCUGUUAAAUUGCACGAUUCUUGCUAUUCUUCUUCGACCUCUCAUCAACAAGCUGUUUUCGCCCAAAGGACUGCUACUGACUGGAUGUGUUUUGUUUGUCACACCAUUGAAGGUAUACCCUAGUAGAGGUCGACCGAUUAUGAUUUUCAACGCCGAUCCUGAUAACAAUUUAUUGGAGGACCAAAAAAAGCUGAUACCGAUUAAUUGGACAGUUUUAUUUAUUUAAAAAAAUAUAUAUAUUUUUUUGUAAUAAUGACAAUUACAACAAUACUGAAUGA